AUGAGGCCCCAUCGAGAUGCUAGUUAUGCCUCGAACCGAUUAACAAGGACCACUCAACUGAGGGGUGGGCACCUUUUAUCGAAUUUCAACAAGCCAGAAUCGAAAGACAACAAGCUCCCUGAUCCACCCAAAACCGAGACGCCACGAAACGUUCGCGAACCUUCAAUAGACGCAGAGCCCCUCAGCACCACCGAUGCUGACUCGAGUGACUCUGACGCACCUCAGCGCUUGAAAGAUAAUACAAAGAGACAAGUUCUGGGAGAAAAACUUGCAGCUGGCACCAGCAAUGGAUCUUCGUUACCUUCCAACACCCACAACUCGGCCAAACGAAAUACAUCUACAAGGAAGCCUUUAGGACGGACCUCGAGUGUGAUGACUGCUGAUGACGAUGAUGACAACCCGUACUUCUCGCUCUCGUCGCAGACAAGCUAUAAGCGGGCGAGACAGACCGGUUAUGGAUCGAAAUCUAAAUCCACGUCUUUUUCCAGCAUCCCCAGCUCGAGCGCGCGUUCAGUCGUAACGCCAGGGAGGACUCCUCAAAAGUCCAAAGCCGACUCUGCGCAAUCGUCAACCAAGAAGGGCAAAAGCAAAAGCAAAAAGGGAGAUUCAUCGUCCGAAUCAGACCCGGAGGUGGGCUUCAAAGUUCCCAUGCAUAUCCAUGCGCCCAGUCCGAAGAAGGCAAAGUCCAGCACCGAGGUGAAGAAGGCCCCUUCACCACAAUUCAAAAUGCCACCAGCUAUUCAAACCGACCCCUUCCCUGCAUCUUCGCUUGGUGCCUCCUCCCGAGAUAUUCAACUCAACGCUAUUGACCUUUCAUCUGAUUCUUCACUUUCCACUCCCCUCAGCUCCCCGUCUUCAUCUAUUAUGGACGCUAUGCAGCGAGAAACAGGCUUUGAGUCAGGCGCCGAUAGAAGAUCACCAUCACCGCCACGCAAGGCAUUAUGUCCUAUGUGUAAUGCCGAAGUGGAUCCAGAGAUUCUCAGACAGUUCCAGGCCCAGCCAAAGCAGCGCCUCCGUGAACAACAACGCUUCUGCGCUUCACAUAAGCAAGAUACCGCUACGAAGGAAUGGGAGGCGCAGGGGUACCCCGAUAUCAACUGGGAUACCUUUGAACACCGUUUAGAAGGAUAUUUCCCCGAUAUGGACAAGUAUCUUGAUCCAGAAGAACCAUCUUACUAUCGUAAUAUCCUCGAGAGUGCUCAGAAGGCUGGAAAAAAUCUUCGUCUUACUCUUGACGGCGAUGGUAUCGAGGUGAUAUCUUGUGGGUAUUAUGGGACGAAAGGUGCCCAGAAAAUGCUAUAUGCGGUCAUGGAGCGAUUUGGUGUCAGGCUACGCCGACUAGCCAAAGAUGACUCCCUUGUCGCUAAGAUGGGUGUAGUUGGAUAUGCACAAUCCGUUAUUGUCCCUGAGCUUGCUACUCGGCUUAUUGGGGAAGACAUGAAUGUUCACGCUAGCGCUGCGCGCGAGAUUAUGAGACAGAGUAUCGAGAUUGGACAGAAACUCAACCCUCAGCUGGAUGACGUCGUGCCUGUCGAUGAGGAUGAUUACUAA